AUGCCUAAACCUUCGGAUUCGAGUCCAUCACGAACACUGGCACGUCCAGCUUCUGUUGAGCAGCCUAUAAAGCCUUUAAUCCUUCUCUGCGAUGGCACUUGGUGUGGUCGCGAAGCAAACACGAAAACCAAUAUUUACAAGCUUGCCCAACUGAUCGGCAUCGAAGAUCCUAACGACACUGACCAGGAUAUUAUUCCUGGUAGAGUUUGUUACAUUCACGGCGUCGGCCUCGGAAGCACAUUUUUAGAUUAUAUCUUUGAUGGCAUCACUGCACAAGACAUCGCCACUCAGUGCAUUACAGCCUACAAGUUCAUCGUCUGGAACUACACGUACCCCGACCACGAGAUCUGGAUGUUCGGCCUCUCCCGGGGUGCAUACUUAGCGAGAAGUGUAGCUGGGAUGAUCAACAACUGUGGAAUUAUCAAGCCGGUGAGACACUCAAACGGUGAUAUCGACGAGCAGGCAACCGAUAUGCUAUGCAAACAAGUCUAUCUGAUUUACCGCUCACCCUAUCGUAUCAAUAAACCACACUCUCCCCAGUCAAAACGGUUUAGGAGGACCAAAAGCUGGCCCCUCGUCGGCGAUGAAAACCCAGACGACCCGACGGCCCCAAGGUUGACAUCACCUAUAAAAUUUAUGGGCCUCUUUGAUACAGUCGGCAGCCUGGGAUUGCCAAACUUUUCUGGAGGUGUUGGUCUAGAUUGGCCAGCGUUUUAUGAUCAAAACAUUUCCACCGCGGUCGAAAAUGUUUACCAUGCUGUAUCCCUUCACGACAGGCUAUAUGUGUUCCAACCCUGUCUGGUGAGCCGGAACAAGGAGAUGCACAUUGGCGCCUGGGAUAAGCUUGGUGUUACCAAGCAAGAGUGGCUCCCUGGGAUGCAUUACGACCUUGGUCGGCAGCGGUUCAGAUUUCUGCGAGAAAUCGGUGGCGGCAAGUUAGAAAAAUUCCUUGCGAGGUGGAAAUUCGCCAGCAAAGUUAUUGAGCCGAACAAGGUGCUUUCAAAUUUUGCUUUGCGAUGGAUGCUCAUAGCAAUUCGCGAGCACAAUCCCCCUGGACAUGACCAAAUAAUACGGGACAUUGACCAGCAUAUCGCGCGAGUUACAGAGAAGAUUAGGGCUCCAGGUAGGAGUCCCCGACGUAUGGGUGACGGGGACGUUUAUGGCCACAUACUUGACUAUGCGCCCUUCGGGUCAAUAUUUCUGAAUCUUUAUAGGGCAAUUAAUGGGACAAGAGGACGGGUUUCUCAGCUAUAUCAGCUUUUCUUUGCGCUGCGAGAUCGUCUUAUCCCCGAGGACAACGCUAACAUCUAUGAUUUUCAAAAUAUCGAUGUACAGAUUUCGGAAAACGAGACGCUCCAAGAAUUAGGAGAUGUCAAUGAAAGGAGAUAUCCAUCGAGGGCAUAUCAGGGCUGGAUAUUGCGUCGGAAUGUGUAG